AUGCAGACGCUCCAAACCGCCAUCCGCGCCCUGCACACAAAGUACCGCAUCCCCCACGUCGUAAUCACCUCCGUCUCCCUCGCCUCGCCCGACCACCCGCCCUCCCACCUCUCCGUCGUCGGCUCCAGCAUGUCGCCCUCCACCGGCGAGCCGCGCCUCUUCAAGAUUGUCUUCCCCGCCAUCGACGCCUACUUCUCCGGCACGGGCGACAUGUUUGCCGCCCUCAUGACGGUGCGCAUGCGCGAGGCCGUCAUCGCCGCCAGCGCCAACAGCGAGGAACAGCAGCAGCUCAAGGACCGCGAAUCCUGGCUCAGCGGCGACGAGGUCGACGCGCUGGACCUGCCCCUCGCCAAGGCGGCGGAGAUGGUGCUGGCGAGCAUGCACGAGGUCCUCACGCAGACGGCGCGCGGGAUGCAGGAGGUCGUCGCGGCCGCUGGCGGGGACGCCUUGGCGGAGACGGAGGAAGGGAGGACGAAGCUUCACCUGCUCAAGAGCAAGAGCGCCGAGCUGAAGCUCGUGAGAAACCUAGCGAGCUUGCGGGAGCCGACUGUGGAGUUGAGAGCGAGAAGGUUGUAG